CAUUGGUCAUGGCAGAGCUUGAGAAUCCUAAUGAGAUGCCAGAGCUUAUAGCUUUUCUCUCUUCUUUGCUCAAAAGGGUAGCUGAAUCAAAUGAUCUUAACAAACAACUCCUACACCAAAAGAUCUCAGUUUUCCAUGGCUUGACUCGCCCCACUAUCUCAAUUCAUAGCUACCUUGAGAGAAUUUUCAAGUAUGCCAAUUGUAGUCCAUCAUGCUUCAUUGUUGCAUAUGUCUAUCUUGAUCGUUUCACUCAAAGGCAACCCUCUUUGCCCAUCAACUCCUUCAAUGUGCAUCGGUUACUCAUUACCAGUGUUAUGGUUGCUGCUAAAUUCAUGGAUGACUUGUACUACAACAAUGCUUACUAUGCAAAAGUUGGAGGAAUCACCACAAUAGAGAUGAACUUUCUUGAAGUGGAUUUUCUAUUUGGUUUGGGUUUCCAUUUAAAUGUAACACCUGGCACAUUCCAAGCCUACUGUGACCAUCUCCAAAGAGAAAUGCUGCUGAUGCAGCCUCUAAAUUUCACAGAUUCUUCACUAAGUUUAGGAAAAUCAUUAAAGGCUCAUUUAUGCUUCAACGAGGAUGAAUCUUCCAAUCAAAAGCAACAACAAUUAGCUGUUUGAUUUCCUGCAUUUUCUCAAUGCAUGUAAUCUAGCUUUAGAUGUAGUGAACCAAUUACAGACUUGCACAUUAAAUCAUUUUACUUAU